UCAAAGUUGAUCCAGUGGUCAUGAAUAAUCUGGAAAAGUGAAGGACUGAUGAACUGAAAUUGUGAAGAACGAACCAGAGCUGUAAUGGCAGAAGGAGGUGAAAUUAGCGAUGAUCUAUCAACUGACAUCAAAGACUGGAGUACAGAUCAAGUUCGAAAAUGGAUUCUCAGGUUGAAUGGUGUGGAUGAAGACGUUGCUGAAACACUACGAAAGGAAGAAGUAAAUGGAGCGAGCCUGUUGCUUUUAGACAGAACAGACUUAAAGGACAUUGGCGUGUCUUUUGGACCAGCAAAACUUAUCAUUCAUGCCAGAGAUGAGCUUGUAGAAUUCAGAGAAAAACAGCCUGGAAAUGCAUGCAAGCCUUAUCCCUUUGGUCGAAAUCAUGACACAUACAGAUACAUUGAAAACAACAUCCUUGAUACAGUGGAAUCAGGUGCCUCAGAUUUCAUUGAACCCUGCCAUGAGUACAAAGCUUUCACCCAAACCACAGAUGAAACUAAAAUGGAAAAAUUCAUUCAAGAGGUUAUUCGCUUUGCAGCUGCCUGCAUGAACAGUCGCACCAACGGCACCAUACACUUUGGAAUAGGAGACAAACAACAAGGAUACAGCCAUGGUCAAAUACUGGGAGUGGUUGUUGAGGACAAAGAGGCCUAUGCAAUGGAGUUGAAAAGUGCCAUUGAUGCUCAUUUUGAGCAUAAGCACAAAGAGGCAGCACAAAAGUGCAUCAAACCUCCUCGGUUUGUUGGUGUGCUCAAUAGAAACAUGACUUCAUCUGAUAAAUGUGUAAUAGAAGUGGACAUAGCUCCUGACUCAGUGAUUUGUGAGGACAAUGUCUACCACACUUACACACAGAGCCUGAACUCCAGAAAAAACAAGAAAAAAGCCAAAGAAAAUCCAUCCUCCCCAGAAAAGCUUUUCUAUGUCCGAGAUGGUGGAAGCACCCGCAAUCUGGCAAAAAACACCAAAGAAUAUGAACAGUUUGUUGAGAAUGUCAUGAAACUUUCAGAACUCCGGAAGAAAGCAGAAGAGAAUCAUCUCAGUGACAUAAAAAGCAGCACUCAAGGCUCGAGAUUAGCACAAAUGAUCACUGGUGGCACAUUGUGUUUGGAUAAGUCUCGCUAUGAACAUUAUGUGGUCGUGACGAACAAAUCGCAUCCAAGGCAGUUGGAAUCUUUAGGAUUUCUUGUAGAGCUCAACCCAACAGCUGUCUUAGACUUUGAUCCAGAAUCAGCUAAACAUGGAUUGCUGAAAUACAUGGACCCACUGAGCACAGUAAGUGUCCAUUCACCAGCUGAGUAUAAAAUCACAGAAGCAGUUGAAGACAUUGCAGAGAAGCUGAAAUUAACUCGAAGCACCAGCUGGAUAUUUUGUAAUGGAAAUGGUGAUCAUGAACAGCCAUGUCCCUUUGACAAGUGGUUGUUUAGCAAGGGUGCCUCAGUUCGAGAUGUGAUCUCUUUUUUAUGUCGUAAAGAUGUGCUUCCAAACAAGAGAUUCCUGGUCAUUUUCUUACUUUUGUCUGCAGUGAGUGACCGAAUGGAUCCCCUCAUUGAAACUUUCAGGGCAUUCUUGCAGGAGCUUGGAGGCAUGGGACAAAUCCUUUGCAUAUGUGACAACGAGCAAGGAUUUACAUCCUGGAAGAAUCUGAUCGAGGCUCAGUGUGCAACUGACAUCUCUGAUAGAUGCAUUUAUGAGCUCAGUUUUGCAGAAGUCAAUGGUACAAUCCUCAGUCUUUGGUCCAAAAAUCGAAUUUCCAGUCGUUUCCUCCCCUGUGGUGGGGGAAGUAAAGUGCUUCUUGACAAGAAAGUGCAGCGAAGCCUGGAUACCUUGGAGGUCUUGUGUGUGAAUGAAUGUGAAGGAGGAAAUGAUGAUAAAAUCACCAUUGAGGAGAACUUCUAUAGGGGAGGAAAAGUGUCAUGGUGGAACUUCUACUUCUCGGAGCAGCCUGGAUCCACACCAUUCAUCAAACGUGACAUGUUUGACUUCAUGAAAAACACAGUCAUAAAAGAACUGUGCUCUUUGAAAAAAGCCUGUGCCCUUCUCAACCUGAAGCACGUUACAGGAUGUGGUGGGACAACCUUAGCCAUGCAUUUAUUGUGGGAUCACCGAGAGACAUUCCGUUGUGCUGUGCUCAGAAACAACAAGGCUGACCUAACUGAAGUAUCACAACAAGUGGUGAAACUUCUAAUGUACGAAGACCAUGAAGAGAAGUCACCAAUGGUCCCUGUUUUAUUGAUGAUUGAUGACUUUGAUGAUGAGGACAAAGUGUCCGACUUGCAGCAGCUCAUCGAAGCAGAAUGUGUGAAGAAAGGCAUUCAGUCCAAGUCUCCACAAGUCCUCCUCCUAAACUGCAUGCGAUCGCAGUCCUCUGACCCCCCCGAAACAACUACAGACACAGUAUUCAUUGGAAAUCAUCUUUCUGAGAAAGAACAGAAAUUGUUUGAGGAAAAGCUGACUGAAAUCGAAAAAACACACAAGAAUGCUGAAACGUUCUACGGUUUCAUGAUCAUGAAGAAGAACUUUAAGUCAGAAUACAUUGAGAGUGUCGUCCACAAUACUCUGAAGAGCUUCAAUAUCAAUCAAAGUUCUUCUCAACUCUUGGCUGUUUUAGUUCUGUUGAAUGUUUACUGCAAAGGCAGCGCUCUCUCUGUCUCCCUGUGUGAGGAGUUUCUUGGCCUUCAGUCAGCUUAUGGAACCAACAAAGUGGAAGAUGGAUUUGGGAAAUUUUCCAAUCUCAUUGGCAGAUGCUCAGUUGAGAGUAAGGUGGUAUUCACAGGUGUGAAAAUAAUCCAUUCAAGUAUUGCAAAGCAGUGUUUGCAUGAGUUACCAACAGCACACGGUGUAAAGAGAGCAGAUAUCACUGAUCUUCUGCUGAACACAGACAAGCUUUACGAGAGCACACAGGGCAGGGAUAAGCUCCUGCAAGACGUUCGCUACAUUUUGGUGAAGCGACAACUCGCAGUCAUCGAUGAAUCUCAUUUUUCUCCACUCAUUCAUGACAUUGCACGGGAAACACCUGGACUGGAGGAGUUAGUGCUAGAAAAUGCUGCACGGAGAUUCAAGAAUGAUGCCGUCAUUUCUCAGUUACUGGCCAGGUACUACUACCUUAAAAAGAGGGAUUUCUCUUCAGCAAAAAUCUGGGCAAAACAAGCAAGACAUCUUUCCAAAGAUAGCUCUUACAUUGCGGACACGUCAGCUCAAGUCAUCAAGCAUGAGCUGAAGAAUGCCAUCGAGAAAAACAAGGAGGAGCCCAUCAGUCCCAAUACUCUGAAGGAGUAUCUUAAAAUGGCCCAGGAAGCAACAGAAGCGUUUAAAGAGACACAACGACUUGCAAAGAAAGAGUCGAUUCAGAGAUUAAGUGUCAAAACAGACAACAACACUCAAUACGUCAGGGUGCUUGGGAGAAGUUCAGGUUGGAGUACUCAUCAUUGA